CUAUAUGGCCUAUCUCUGAGUAUCUCAGUCGAUCAGUAUCUGUGUGACCGCUUUUGUAAAUUGUAACUUUGUAUACUCGAUCAAUAGCAAUAAGUGUGAAACUUUAAAAUUAGAUAGAUAACAACUGAUAAGCUAUAGAAAAACUUACAAUAAUAGAACUACAUUAUAGAAUAAUUAUUUUACCAUCAUGUUUUCAAAUGCUGAAGGAAAACUUUUUCAGUAUAGAAACUGUAGAAUCUUAAAAGAUCAUAAAAUCUAUACAGAAGAUUUGUGGGUUAGAGAUGGUAAAAUAGUAAAUCCAGAAAAAAUUUUCUUUGAAGAAAAAAUCUUAGCUGAUUAUCAGAUUGAUUGUAAGAAUAAAAUCUUAGCUCCUGGUUUUAUAGAAACGCAAAUCAAUGGUGCAUUUGGUGUUGAUUUUUCUCAAGAAGAAACAAUAAUUAAUGGUGGUAUUGGUAAGGUGUGUAACGGACUAUUAGAGCAGGGCAUUACGUCUUUCUGUCCAACAGUUAUAACUUCUCCAUCGCUAGCUUAUAAAAAGAUCUUACCUUUAAUAAAGAAAACUAAAGGUAGUAAAGAUGGUGCUGGUAUUAUAGGUGUUCAUGUUGAGGGACCAUUUAUUAGUAAAGAAAAGAAGGGUGCCCAUCAGGAAGAAUUAAUACAGACAUUUGACAAUGGUUUUAAAGAUCUCAUUGAUAUGUAUGGUGAUUUGUCUAAUAUAGCAAUUAUAACUUUGGCACCAGAAUUACACAAUUCUCAACAAAUAAUCAAAGAAUGUGUAAACAGGGGAAUCAUAGUUUCUUUAGGUCAUUCUAUGGCUAAUCUUGUAACAGGAGAAGAAGCAAUAUGGAAUGGUGCCUCUUACGUUACACAUCUUUUUAAUGCUAUGUUACCUUUUCAUCACCGAGAUCCCCAUUUAGUAGGUUUACUAACGAGCAAUAAAUUACCACCUGAUACACAGAUAUAUUAUGGUAUAAUAGCAGACGGCAUACAUACACAUCCUGCAGCUUUACGUAUUGCACAACGUAUUAACCCUAAAGGUUUGGUAUUAGUGACUGAUGCUAUACAGGCCAUGGGUUUACCUGAAGGUAAGUAUAAGUUUGGCUGUCAACAGAUAGAAAUAAAAGAUAACAGAGCUACUGUAGCUGGUACAAAUACAUUAUGUGGAAGUAUAGUAUCUAUGGAUAAAUGUGUUCGACAGCUUGCCAAAUCUACAGAAUGUGGACAUGUUCUUGCAUUAGAAACAGCAUCUCUCCAUCCAGCGAAAGUUCUUCAAAUAUCAAAUAGUAAAGGAACGUUAGAUUUUGAUACUGAUGCUGAUUUUAUCCUACUGUCUGAAGAUCUCCAUAUUCAAGCGACAUUUAUAGCAGGAGAAUUAGUGUGGCAGCGAUCAGGAGAUGUUAUAUCUGUCAUAACUAGAACGGAUUAAACACUAACCCUAACCCUUGUUAAAUCUAUUUAUAGCUGGGGAAUUAGUGUGGCAGUGAUCUGGAGAUGUUAUAUCUGUCAUAACUAGAACUGAUUAAACCCUAACCCUAACCCUUGUUAAAACUAUUUAUAAAUUGUUACUUAAAGACGAGAAAUGAAUGUGACCCACCAUACCCUACUCUAGUCUAAAAUGAUUGUGUCUUCUUGGAAAUUAUGGGUUGUUAGGUGGCCAAGUUGUCUAAUUCAUGUGCUGUAGAUGAUAUGGCCUGGUCUCCCGAGUUCAAAAAGCAUUAUCAGACUUAAGUUAAAGAUGCAUUAUGGGAGAUUAGAUACAGAGUUGACUGUUCUCGUUAUAAUAGUUAAAAAAUACAAAACGUAAAUAGAAGAUGUUGAAAUUUCAGUCAAAUUGCUCCACUCUGAACUGAGAUAUUAGCGAUUGAAUUUUAAGCCUAGCCUCGAUCAUCAUUACUAAAAUAGUCUCGAUUAUCCAUUUUUGGAUUCCAAUCCAGUGAAAAUCUGACACGUAAGAUGACAUCGAGAGUUGAUUAUGGUUUGGAUGAGUUAAUUAUUGUCUAAUUAAUAGUUUAAUAUCUUUCAUCCAAAAACACAAAACUUUGCACAUAUUUUGUUAUUGAUGUAUUUGAUACAUUAAAACAACAAAAGUUUUAUAAAGGGCUAUAUUUUAGUUAAAAUAAGGUGACAAUUUUGUGUAAAUUCUUAAUUUAAGUCUGAGAAUGCUUUAUGAACUCAGGAUCUGGUAUCGAUACAAGUUUGAACCACACCCAUUCCAUGUAUGACAAUUUAAGGGUUAACAACUCCAUACUUCAUUUCUUGUUAGAAAAAAAGAAAAGAAAAAUGCUUCAUAAAAUUAAUGCAUGGCUUUAUUUGCUCAAACUGAUAUCUUGUAUUAUUGUAUAGUAUUACAUGUAGAUGUUAUUGCUAAUCUCUAUAUAUAUAUUUGAGACUGUCGUUUGUCUGUCUGUCUGUCUGUUCGGGGUUGGCGGCUACACUAGGUCUGCCCCGAGUCUGAAAUUUGGGGUAUAGGGGUAGCUCGGACUGGGGAGUAGCAUAGGCCAGGUGGCGUUAGUCUACCACUUCCGGUUUUGGACUUACGACCCCCGAGCGAAGCCGGGUAUCCUGCUAGUUAUUUAUAUUGUUAAUGGGUAAAACCCAUUCUCGGUAACUGCAGUGUUCUCAUUCCGCUUCAUUCCACUAUACCCUGGGUUCAUCCAUGGGGUAUUCACUUAUUUAAAUUAUCUGCCCUUGAUUGUAGAUUGAUGCUACGAACUAAUCAAAAAACAGUUUACACACCAGUUUUAGCCUCAUUGUUUACGUUCACAACAAUAUGGUGGCUUGUUCACUCGAUUAGAAGAAAAUUUGCAAGAAAUUUAAUAUCAAAGAAGUGACAUACACACAAAAAGGUGUCCUAAAAAAUCUUUUUGAUUGGAACGAUGUUUUUAUGUCGUUCAAAACAGGCAGUGGCAAGUCGUUAUGCUAUCAAGUGUAUUGGUUGAUAAAAACAGCACAAUCAUCAAGGGCAGAUAAUUUGAAUAUGUGUCUUCCCCAUGGAUUAACCCAGGGUAUAGUGGAGUAGAGUGGAAUGAGACCACUGGGGAUACCGAGGACGUAUAUUGUAGACGUAUAUUGUUGUCGCCCCUGUCUGUUUGUCCGCCAGUAUCUCCCAAAGAUCCUGGUUUCUCUCGAUAUUGGCAUGUAUCGGAUCGUAACUUUAUGGAUUAUGUCUCCUGAUUUACGAAAAAUCACAUUUUUUGCUUGUGGACGCUCUGGUGGUCACACUUUUUAUCUGAUUUAUAAAAAACGUUUAAAUAUAUCAAUGUUACACCAUUAUUAUGGUUGAGUUCAAAUUUCGUGAAAAAUCGGACCAAAACUGCCCAUCAAAAUAGCCGCUCCUCGAAUGAAGAUUGUGUAAAAGUAUGUUGUGGACCUGCUAGAGGUCACAAUUUUUAUCCGAUUUUAAUGAAACUAAAAAUAUUUGUUUAAAUCCCAAAGAUCUCAGUCCCUUUCGAUAUUUGCACAUUUCAGACCAUAACUUCUUGGAUUAUGGCCCCUGAUUGUAUGAAAAAUCGCGUUUUAUUUUUAGAUUGUUCUCUAUCCAUCUCUUGCAAAAUGUGGGCGUAUCUUGCCUGGCAACCACUAUUCUUUUAAGUUAUACAACUUUGUAAUGCAAGUACCUUUCUUGGUUAUACUGUUGCUAUCAAUUUCUCCACUCUUCACCCAAAUUCUCCACUUGUCAUAGACAUGCUGAUUGUCACAUUCCGCUUUAUGGUGUUAAACCACAGUCCGCCGUUCACAACACAAUGCUUAGUGUUAUUGAAAGUUACGCUAAACUAGUGAAGUUAAAUUUUCAAAAAAUAAAUUCAAAGAGCUUAUGCUAUAUAUCUUGCCCUAGUAUCAUCUAUUCUUAUAACAUUGCAAUAUUUAUUCGAAAAUAAAAUAUAAAUAAUUAUUA